AAAGGUCGUUGAAGGGGGAGAAGUGAAACGAAAUUAAUAAUCACGACCGUGCAAUAUUUGAAUAUAUUCAUUCGCCACUAGACUCUAUUAGACUCCAGUUCCCUUUUACUUAAGUGCCUAAAUUGACUCAUUGAAAAAAUGUUGGCAAAAACUUUUUUGGUCGUUUUCCUAGCGAUAAUCGCCGUGUCGAUCGCCAAGGUAAGGAAACAAUAUCCAUGAUUAUAAUUUAAAAAUAUUCCCACAAUAAUAUUAUUUGUUUCGAUAAAUAAAUAUACUAUGUAUUUUAAUUUGACGCUUUAGGGCGAUGAAAAUGUUAUCAACGUAGCCCUUGACUCCGGAUCUCACAUACUCAAAGCCAUUUUGAAGUCAGUUUCCGAUGACGGGGAAAAAUACGCUCUUGACUUUAACUCGUUGUACAAGAAGUACGAAAUCGAUACCAAAGCGGAACAAGCUAAAAGUUUUCUGGAAUCACAGGUAACUUCUUAAAUAUUUUCGGAAUAUUUAACAGGAGAUUCAUUAUAAGUCGUACUCGAUGGUAAAAAAAACAGCGGAAUGAAGUCCGCAUUUUUUUUUUUUUAUUGGAGUUUUAAUAUCAAAAUUCGACGAAAAUCGUAAAUCGUUUAUUGUUGCUUACAGAUAUAAAUUAAAUAACUUUAUUUAUCUUACUUUUUCAACUUCCCAUCUACAAUAGUGGCACACCGCCAUCCUCAGUAUCUUCUUUUAUUUUCUAUGUAGUUUAUAUUGUCCACGGUACAGCAAAGAGCGGGCGAUAAAUUGUUAUGAAUAUUUUUAUAAAUAUCAUUAAUAUUUUUGAAGGAUGGAAACCGUUUUACUACUUAUUACUUACUUUACAAUUCUCUCCAAAAUCUGUUCGGUUAUAUUUUUCUGAUAUCUUUUUAGAUUCUGAGAGGAACGAGAAAUGGAUUGAUUUUACAAUGUUGUUUAUUAUUUUUUUUUAUAUAGAGUGUACACAAAUUUCACCAGAAUUCUUGAUUCGUGUAUUAAAUACACGUUUUCUGAAAGGUAAUUUUAUCUAGGUAGUACUUAAAGAAGGUCAGUUUUCGAUUUUCCAGCAGUUUUCAUAAUAAUCAGUUAAAACGGGAAAAUGUAUUAUUUUUAAUUUUGUUUCUUUAUUGUAAUUCAUUUAUAAAUAUAGGUUUAUACGUCUCUAUACGUAAUGACGUAAAAUUUGGACAUAAAACAUAUAUUUGUCAUUUAUAGGCAUGGAAAACCUAGUCUUUCAAAACACUUGAGCCAUUUUUGAGCUAUUGAUUGAAAUUGUAAUUUUGCGUGGUUUUUCACGUCAUUUUUAUCCGGUAGGUACUCUGUGGUUUUAAUUAAGUACCUUGUAAAUAUAUUUUGAUAUCACGAAUGAGUCAUAGAAUAAUUAUUAUCGUCUACAGGAAAACGUCCAGUGUGACUAUUUACAACAAUAAAACGAUUUAAACAGUUUAAUUGAUAGUAAACGAAAAAAUCACGAGUGAAUAUUAUUAUUAUUGUUGUUAAACGCAUUGUAUGUAAUAAUUACUACCUAAUAAAAUUACAUAUAAUUAGUUUAAUACAAUUGUAUUAUAAUCGAGUUCCGAGACAAAAAGUAAAAGCACAUACAAAAUAUUAAUUAUAAUAUUAAAUGCGUGCUGCUACCAAUGAGAUACAAAAGAUAAUCGCAAUUAUUAGGUUUAUUAAAAAAAAAAAUGAUACUUGAUAAAAAUUGUACCAUAUAUAAUAAGAUAUCGCACGCAUUUUACAUAACAUUAUAAAUUAUAUUGUACACACAUUUAAUAAUUUAAAAUAUUUAAAUACAUUUUACCUAUAUUACACUUAUAAUGAGCAUGCGUUAUCAACGAGUAUAAGUAUAAAAACGUAUGGAAAAAAGACGUCCAAGGACAAUGGUCACGGGUGCAGCCACUGUUAUAAAAAAUACCUGUAAGCAACAAUAAACCAUUGCUUACGAAAAAACGAUUCUGAACGGAGUUUAGUUGAUAGUGAUGCUUUGUCAACAAUGUAUGUCAUUUUAUAGUAAAAUAAUUAAAUAGAUUUUAUAUAUUUUUUUUAAUAAUAUUUGCGAAAUUGCAGGUAGAAAAGUUAUGCACAAAAAAAAGAAGACCGUAAUAUAUUUUAACAAAUACCUACAUUUCUUAUAUUUUCCUAUUUUUUUUUUCAGUUUUUCUAAUUUUAUGAGAAAGCUCUUGAUUUUGUUAUAUGUGGUGCUAUCAUUUUAAUGAUAACGAGUUUAACAAAAAGGGCUGUAUAUAAAAGAGCUGACAAUAUAAGGAUACCUUAUCACUCUUUAAAUUUUUUAAAAAAAAAAAACAUAAAACAACAAUAAUACACUAAAAUUGUAUUUAACAAAAAAAAAGCUGAUAUUGGGCACGGUUGUGCUACUAUUGUUGAUGGAAAAUUGGGAAUAUCGGAUACAUUAGGUUAUUAAAUUGAUAUCUGUGCGCUACGAUAAAUCACUGCGCAACAAUAUAUAAUUCUGAUCGAAGGACAUCGUUGGACAUGUCUUUAAAUUUAAAAACGUGUUUUUUUUAUAUUUACAAUUUUCGUCAAAAAAAAAAUACUACAUCAUGCUCAAAUUUUAUUUUUUUACAACCAAAUGAAACUUAUAGUGAACUGCGUAUUAAAUUUUCUAACAUUUCUGUUCGGUCAAACAAUUUAAUCAACGUAAAACCAAAUAAAACUAGAAAAACUCAAAAACAUCAACUAAAUAAAAACCUAAAAAGCGUUGGACGUUUUGAAAAUUGUACAACGUUUAGAAAAGACAAUUAUAGAUAUUUUGUGAAACUUGCAGGUCUUUCAAACCGAGUUACAAUAAAAACUUAUUCAAUAAUUGAAACUAAUAAUCCCAUACAUUUUCCAGUAUUUUUUACGUUUUAGACUUGAAAAGAAACAUGGAAUUUAUUGGUUUUACAAUGCGAAAAUUCUACCAGAAAUUUACUUCGAUGUACCAAGUGUACUAUCUUUUCUAAAGAAAAUUGUAUAUAGUUGGUACUUUAAGAUGGCCAUUUUCUGAUUUUUUAACUAGUUUUCAUGAAAAUUGGGAAAAACUAAGUAAAAUCGUAGGAAAAACGGGAAAAUUUACGAAAAUAAUUCUUUGACAAUUUUAAAUUUUGUUCUUUGGUUGUAAUUCAAUUCAAAAUGUUCGUAGAGACUUGAAAUUUGAAUAGACAAAUUAUUUUUGUCUUUUUUGGACGUGGUAAAAUUUUAAACCUAUUUGAGAUAUUUUUAAACCUUUUAAUUAUUUUUUAUAAGAAUUUUAAUUUCAAAUUUUAAUGAAAAUCGUAAAUAUUAUGGCCUUUUAAAACACAUUCAACUGAAUUCCGUUUAAAGUCGUUUUUUGUUAGCAAUAAUUAAUCGGUAUACUCAGAUAUAAAAUAAAAUAUUAUUAUAUUAUAAAAUAAAUUAUAUAAUAUGUAUUCUACCUUCCCUACUUCUAACCAACAAAAAUAACCCACACAUCGUGCGAGGUAUGUCUGUAUUUUUAUUCAUGAUUUCCCCAAUUAUUAAAAAUCCACAUAGAAAAUUAAAAAACUAGCUCUGCAAUGAACCAACACGAUUUAAAAUGCAACAAAAAAUAACUCUAGGCAUUUUUUGAUUGGUGCAAGAUUUCUGGCAGAAGGGUUUUUUACUGCAGACAGAAAAAUUUCAAAAAAUAGUGCCUUUCUUAAGUAGGAAACCCAAUACAUUCCUCACUCCGUUCAGAACCUUAUAUUACAAAAAAAAUGUUCUCAUGGCUAUUUGUUUUAAUCAAUGAUAUUUUUCUCGCUUAUAAAUUAUAGACCUAAAUAUGCAUGGCUAAAAUGUUUGAAAAAUCAACUCCCAAAUCCCCAAUAACCCGCUGUUGUGAUUAUUCUGUCAAUAAUGCUUGCGCACGUCUAUGGAGUUAAAUUUUAAUCUAUGCGAUGUUUUAAUAUACAUUAUAUUAAAAUAUUUUAUAGUACAAAAUAGGAUCCGGGCUCACCAACGAAUACUUCAAGAAAAUCAACGUCGAAGGCGAAGAAAAUCUAAAGAAGUCUAUCGCUGAGGUCAAGAAACACGACACUGUGUUAGCCGAUAAACUGUACAAAUUCUACGAAAAGUCGUGCGAAUCGGACAGACUUGCUGAAGAAAUCUUCAAAUACGUGUCGGACUCAGAUAGAGUUAAUGGCGCACUUGAAAAAGUCAAAUCCUCCCUGAGUCCAUUGGAAGAUAAAAUUAUCGAUUUCAUCAAGAAGUUCGAGGUAAGAAUUAAAGCAAUGCCUGAAAUUUCCGCGCACUCGCGUUCAACAUAAAAUUAUAUGUAAUUUUUUUGAUGAUUACCUUGAUGCACAUCAAUAGUUGUGAAUACUUGAAAUAUAUAACGUUAUGUUUUCACGUUUCAGGGCAUUGUUCUUGAACACACGCCUAAGAAAGGCAAAGGACAUAAAUGAGAAUUCAUCAACUUGAACCAACGAUGAUGCGCAUAAAACGCAACACUGUACAGCAUUGAGCUGUAUGUUUAAACUUUUAUACAAAUUAAACAAAUUCCAUACGACUAUUAUAUAAUACUAUGUAUACCUACUUGAAAUAAACAUUUUUAAUUCAAUAUAAUAUUUUAUCGAUUAAUAAAGAAAAACACACAAUCCAAACGUAACAAAAUAUCUGUCUAGUUGUUAAUAUCGUACCUAUCUCGGUUCUCUAUUAUCUCUAUUAAGUCAACCAUGAAAAGCAUUAAUAAUGCAAACAAAAUAAAUUGAUUGUUGUAAUAAAAUUACGUAAAAAAUUGUGUUCAAAAAAUACUAAAAAAGAAAAUAUGCAAUAUACAUAAUAAUCCAUAGCAGUUUAGUAAACCGAAAACGAAAGUAAUAUUUGAAUAAUAACACGAGAAAAAAUACGGUAUAUCGAUCAUGUUAAUUUUCCAACCGAUUUCAAAAUUACGAAGCUAAAACAAUAACAUUGCAAAUUAAUAAUAAUUCCACCACAUGAAAUACGUCAAAUUUGACCUUAGUUUGGACUCUACAUACGAUUCGUUUCAUCGGUCCGACUCACGCGGAAUAUAUUAUAUUAAAUAAUUAUAUUUUGUAAAGAAAUGUAUUCUUUCAGAUAUUUUGAACAUUUAAUUUACUAAUAAAUGAUUAAUGGUUAAAUUGAAGAUUGUAUAAUUAAAUUUAGUUA